AUGAAAACAGCAAAAAAAGAAAAACCACCAGGCCACCAAAAACUCCAUUUUAAAAUAAAAAUAUCAAUAUUGUGCUUAUACGCCAGCAUACCUUUACGGCCUUGCUAUAGGGAAAAAGAGCGUUUCCUUAGGAUACAGAAUCCUCGGUCUACUUAA